UGAUGUUGAACUAUAUAUUAGCUUUAACUUUGUUAUGCUUUAUUGAAGAAGAAGAAGAAGAAGAAGAAGAAGAAGAAGAAGAAGAAGAAGAAGAAGAAGAAGAAUCGAUCAUGGCAACUCCUUCUAAGACACCCUUAUGUUUUCUACUUCAUCCGUGCUGCUUCCUGAUCCUGAAUGUGCACUGUGCCCAUGGGAUCUGGACCCAGAAGCAUUAG